GGCGGUACCGUCAGUCAGUCAGAGUAGCUCAGUUGUGAUACAAAGUACCUAAUCAAGAAAAGCAAAAAAAAUCAAAAUGCAUAAGUUUGUUGUUGCUUCUGUUAUUGCCUUCGUGGCUUUCCAGGCUGUAUUUGCUAGACCAUCAGCUGAAAAAUCCCAAAUCGACCAAUUGGCAAUCAAUGCUCGCGAAGUUGUCAGCAACGUCAGCAACCUCAUCGAAGGCAACUUACCCGACUCCAAACAAGUAUCUGAAACUUUAACCAAAACCACCCAACAAUUGGCUACUAAAGUUAAGGAUGCCGUAGAAAACUUGAGCAAACAGGCUCAAGAACACAAAGGUGAUGUUGAACAAAUCGUCAACCAAAUCAAAGAAAACCUUUCCAACGCCGCUACCAAACUUCAAGCCGCUAUUGGACCAGAAGCUGUCCAAAAAGCCAAGGAAAUCAAAGCCAACCUUGACGAAGGUUUGAACAAGGCUCUUGCUGAAGCUGAAAAACUCGCUAAGGCUGCUGAACCUGAAGCAACCAAAGUGAAAACUGACUUGAGCAACGCUGCCAAAACCCUGAUGGACAACAUUAUCGAAGUCAGCAAAAACUUAAAAACUGACUUGGAGAAAAACCUAGCUGUUAAAAACUAGGAGUUUUUAAAAAUAAUAAAUAGGUAUAGUUAGUUUUAUUGACAUAUGUAUUAUUGAAACAAUAUGGUGUGUGACUGAGUUUUGUUUUAUUUUUUGCGAAAUGUGAUUGGAUAAAAUAAAUGGUUUUGUAUUUUCUAU